CUGUUGUAUUAGGCAUUCGUCAUGAAUCAUGAUAGUAUCCAUAUUAUAAAUAAUCAUCACGAUCGCAAAUCACAAUAAUUAUUCACGACAUCAGUACAUUACCUAAUAUUUAAUAAUAAUAAUUUAUAAUAUUAAUAUUUAAUUCUGUAUUAACUAUUAUUAUUUAUUGUUGUUUGUUUGUACUUUGCUAUCUGUUACUAAAUAUGAUACUAAAUAAUAUGUUAAUCGACUAUAAAAUUUAAACAACGUGUACCAAUCAUAAAUUAUUUUAAUUGCCGCAAACUUACAUUAAAUUAACCCAUUACAGGAUGUCUGGGCUAUAAAUUACUAAUUGUAUUUGAGAGUUUUUAGCCAUUUUAAAUAACUAUGGUAGAAGAGGGUAUUCAGUCAAAUUAAAACGUUCCUUGAUUCUCAAUAAUUUUUGAAAAAUAAAAUAUUUUCCUAUUUUAAAUUAGGUUAAAGAAAUUAGUGUACCUAUUGGUUUGUAUAAGUUGAACUUAAGCUUGACAAUAUUUAGUUGAUAUGGAAGGCGUUAACAAUGGUUUAAAUAGUUGUAGAAAAGUAGCUCUAAUCACAGGAAUCACUGGUCAGGAUGGAUCAUACCUAGCUGAGUUGUUGCUAGAUAAAGGAUAUGAAGUUCAUGGUAUUAUUCGGCGUUCGAGCACAUUCAACACUGGUCGCAUUGAACAUCUCUACUUAGAUCCUAAAUCACAUAUGGAAGGUAAAAUGAAACUUCAUUAUGGUGACAUGACCGACAGUAGUUGCCUAGUGAGAAUUAUAGGAAUGGUGAAGCCUACUGAAGUAUAUAAUUUAGCAGCUCAAAGUCAUGUCAAGGUUUCAUUUGAACUAAGUGAAUAUACAGCUGAAGUAGAUGGAGUUGGAACUCUCAGGUUACUAGACGCCAUUAGAGCAUGUCAACUAGAAAACAGCGUACGUUUUUAUCAAGCUUCUACAUCGGAGUUGUAUGGAAAAGUUGUUGAAAUACCUCAAAAAGAAACUACUCCAUUUUACCCUAGAUCUCCUUAUGCAUGUGCCAAAUUAUAUGCUUAUUGGAUUGUGACAAACUAUCGAGAAGCAUAUAAUAUGUAUGCUUGCAAUGGAAUUCUGUUCAACCAUGAGAGUCCAAGGAGAGGAGAAAACUUUGUUACUAGAAAAAUUACCAGAUCGGUAGCAAAAAUAGCAAUUGGUUCAUUGGAUUGUAUACAACUAGGCAACUUAGACUCUAAACGCGACUGGGGUCAUGCCAAAGAUUAUGUUGAAGCAAUGUGGUUAAUGUUACAACAGAAUGUACCUCAAGAUUUUGUGAUUGCUACUGGUGAAAUGCACAGUAUUAGAGAGUUUGUAGAAAAAUCAUUCAAGCACAUUGGUAAAACAAUUAUUUGGGAAGGAACAGGGUUGAAUGAAGUGGGAAAAGAAGAAUCUACAAAUGUCAUACGUGUGAAAGUGAAUGCUAAAUAUUUUCGUCCGACCGAAGUUGUAAGUAGAUUAUUUUAAUAUUUUUAUCUUAUUUUACAGUAUGAUACAUUAUAAAUUACAUUUGAUUUAAAUAAGGGAUUAAAAAGGUUUAAAACUAAUUAUUAUCAUCAGGAAUUACCAUGAAA